AUGGCGCAGCAAUGCUCCCUCUGCGACAGCUGGUGGCCAGAGGCAUGUAUCUGCGCCCAGCUUGCCUCUGUCGCCGUCCUCGGAUAUCAGAACCGCGAGGCAGGGCCUGAAGCCGUGCAGCAAGCCCGUGAGACUCUAAGCAGAGGUCUUCCACCUGGCUCGAGAGCCUGUCUUUACCACAAGAGCAUGCUAAACGAUCUCGUCAACUCGACCAAGACGGACAGGACGAAGAAGACGAAGGGCAAGCCUUCUGGACCUGUCGCGAUGGCUAUCUUCGACGACAGCGUGUUGGAGAAGACGGCGUUGUUGCCUAUGUGUACGACCUGUGGUAUCAGCUGCGGUGUCCUGACGGUCACGGCAGAAGGUCUCCAGAUCGUCAUCGAGAUGGAUGGCUGUACCUGUGCCCUUGCUAUCCUAGGUGUACAGUGUGCUUUCUGCAAAGUCCAGCGGAUCUCUGCGGCUACGGAGCUCGCGGUGGAGCAACGGAAGCAUGUUGCGGCAGAUGGGGAGGUUGGCAUGAAGUGUGCAUGCGGUCAGAUUGUGGAUGGUCAGGAGCUGGCGAGGAAGUGUGCUGGCUGCGAGGGAAUCAAGACUGGACCUUUUCAUCAUGUUGUCUUCGAACCGUCGACGGAGGCUGGGAAUCAGGAUAGCCCGCCUCGAGUCGUUGCAGCUGCGCUCAGCGAGCGGCCUUCUACGCCACCGGACAGAUACGCGAGUCCUGCGGAGCAGCCAGCACCCAAGAAGCGGAAGCGGGCAGCACCUCGUGCACAGACCGCCACGAAACAGAGCAGGUUGAUUGGGGAGGUGUUCCAGUCUAGUAGUGGCGAUGGCGAUGGCGCUGCGGGCAGUCUGGUUGGCGACGGCACUGCUGCAAUGCUCGACGUCAGUCCUUCUGGCUAUCGACCUUUCGCAAAAAUUGCAGGCGACUUCUGGUCAACGCCUGAGUUUUCGACAGGGCUUGAUCCAGACAACGCACUUACUGCUGCAGCGUCUGUUGUGGAUACUGCGGAUGAUGAUGUUUUGCGGAAGCGUUUGAAGGAGUUUAUGGGGUUGUAG